AUGGGUGGCGCGCUGCUGCUGGCGCUGCUGGCGGCGGCGCGGGCCAGCGAGCCCAACGCCACCGAGGCGCUCGCCCCUUCAUCGCCAUCUCCAUCGUCCUCGCCGCCACCCGAGGGGGACAAACCCGCGCCGCUCUUCCCCGAGGACCUGUUCUCGUACGAGCAGCGGCGGUCGGGCGCCGUCAUCCUCCACGUGAUCGGCAUGGGCUACAUGUUCGUCGCGCUCGCCGUAGUCUGCGACGAGUUCUUCGUGCCCUCGUUAGAUGUGAUCAUAGAGCGGCUCGCGAUCCGCGACGAUGUCGCCGGCGCCACCUUCAUGGCGGCGGGCGGCUCCGCGCCGGAGUUGUUCACCUCCAUCAUCGGCGUGUUCGUGUCGUUCGACGACGUCGGCAUCGGCACGAUCGUCGGCUCGGCCGUCUUCAACAUCUUGUUCGUGAUCGGUGCGUGCGCGCUGUUCUCGCGCACCACUCUGACUCUAACCUGGUGGCCGCUGUUUCGCGACUGUACAUUUUACUCGAUCAGCCUGAUAGUGUUGAUAUACUGUUUUCAAGACAGCGAGAUCUACUGGCAGGAGGCUUUGGUGCUGUUCUCGUUGUACUGCGCGUACGUGAUGUUCAUGCGGUGGAACCAGCCGGUGGAGAGGAUAGUGAAGAAGCUCAUCUACAAGAACAAGGUGACAAGGGUCCGCAGCACCGACCAGCUGAUGCCGACGGUAGGUUCACACUUUCCAAAAAUUUUGAAAAUUUAUUUUGUAAGCGAUUUUGAAGAACAAGCAAAUUUGCGAAGUAGACACAUCCCCAAUUUAGACCUUGGUCUGGUCAGAGGAUUGGAUACUGGACAAACAAAUCCGCACAUUGGCAACUUCAAAGCCGCUGCAGCGCUGUUUAGUGACGAUUUCCGACAAACGCUUCCUGUGGUGACGCGAGGAUCGAGGGCUGACGAGGUGAAUGCUUCGUCGAAACGAUCUUCGUUGUGGUCACGAGUUCGUACGCUGGCCUUGACCAUUAAUAUGAAAGCUCGGCUCGGCAGCAAUGCACGUGCUCAAGAAUUCUCCGAAGUCCUUCUAAGCCUUGUCGAAAGCACUCUACCAGAGGAGAGAGGUGGACAGUUGGUGCUUCCAGAGUCUCUCGAUAGAGUUGUAUCUAACUUAGAAGAACUCAUUCGCUCUGUGUACGGGGACAUCAGUCGUAUACCGCACCAGCAGAAUUUUUGGGUGUGUGAGCGGGCCAUUUUAACGCCCAAAAAUUAA